CCAGCUCAUUUCCAACCCAACUCUUCUCUCAUCUCAUCUCCUUAUAACCAAACAACCUCCCCACCACUCUUCUCCCACUAAAUUAAUUAAACUCCUCCGUCCACCGCCGUCAGCCAUGGCCUCCGCCGCUGCCACCGUCCUCCUCCUCCUCCCAUUAUUCCUCCUCUUCUCUCAGACCACUGUGGCCCAGCCAUCUCCGGCGGCGCCCGCCCCCUCUCCGGCAGGGCCCAUCAACAUCACGGCGGUUCUGGCCCAAGGCGGCCAAUUCACCACCUUAAUCCGCCUCCUCAACGAGAGCAAACUCAUAACUCAGCUGGAGAAUCAGCUCAACAACACUCCUCAGGGAAUGACCAUUCUUGCUCCCACUGACAACGCCUUCAACAACCUUAAACCCGGCGCUCUCAACGGCCUUAACGACCAGCAGAAGACCCAGCUCCUCCUUUACCAUGUUUUGACUCAGUUCUACACUUCGACGGAGCUGCUGACGGUGAGCAACCCGGUGAGGACUCUCGCCGGCGACUGGGGGCUGAACUUCACUGGCCAAGGGAACCAAGUGAACGUCUCCACCGGCGUCGUCACGGUGCCGAUCAACAACAAGCUCCGGGAGCAAUCUCCGUUGUCCGUUUUCGAAGUGGACCAAGUUUUGUUGCCGGAAGCACUUUUCGGAAACAAGACCGCCGCACCGGCUCCCAAAGCUCCAGCUCCGGGGGCGGACAAAGCGCCGGCCGACGGUGAACCCCAACCUAAAUCCGACGCCGCGAAGCCGCCGUCGGGUGACAAGGGUGCUGCUGUGAGAAAUGGCGUCGGAUUGGGAUUCGUUUCGGGAUUUGUUUUCAUUGUCAUUUCUGUUUUUUCUUAAGAUGAGAUUUUGAAAGUUGAUGGAUAGUGCUUGUGCUGUGUGGUCUGUCUGUCAUGUCAUAUAUGCCUUUUUUUUAUUUUUCUUUUCUUGUAAUUUUUAUUCCUUUUUUCUAAAAUUGCUUUAUUUAUUUCCACCA